AUGGGCAACUGUAUGAACGGGAGCCACAUUAAGACAGUCGAAGAAGAGAAACAAGAUGUGAAAAAAGAUUACAAAGGGAAGGAUCGGAAGGUGAAGAUCAUUCUGACGAAAGAUGAGUUGGAGAAAAUUAUAAUGUUCCAACUGAACGCCGAAGGCGGCAAAGGAGGGGACGGCAGCGCGUUGAGUUCAAUCGCCGAUUUCCUCAGAGAGUUGGAGGCGGAGAGAUCUGCCGCUGACUCCGAAGCUCGCCGGAGGUGGAGGCCGUCUUUGGACAGGAUCAUGGAGUGGACAGAAGAUGAAUUUCCUUAA